AUGCAAGCGGAGAAGCUCGGUCUGAAGCCUCGAGGUGGCACUGCAUGGAGCCACGGAUUCCUGAACCAGAAGGACUGGCACCCACUGUCGUACCGUAACCAAGAGAAGCUCUUCAAAGCGGAGCAAGAAGCGGAGAACGCGAAGAAACGCAAAGAGGCAGCUGCGAAGGAGUUUGCCGUGGAGCAGGAGUUCUUCAAAAACACCGAGCUCCUGAGCGCGGAGGACAGGACGACCUUGCGAAAUAAGCAGCAGCUCUCGUUCAUGUACCAGAAACCGCCCGGAUACGACGCGGCGAUGGAACGCGAGAAAGCGGAGGCUGAGGAGGCGAGGGAAGCCGAGCGGAAAGAGUUGAAGCGAAAAGAAGACGCGGCCGCGAGAGAAGCCGCGGGUCUGCCGCCGUUGACCGAAGAGGAGAUCAACGAACGCCGAGGACGACGGAUGAAGAAAGAUAUGUACGGCAGGAACAUCAUAUCCGAGGUGGAGAUGCCCGAGUUGAAGGGAGCGCCGAAGGAAAAAGGCGUCGGCGUUGCGAACGUGAAGGUGUUUGGCAAGCACGUGCGAGCUGUGCAGUGCCUUAGAUGCGGCGGGUUCGGGCACUCGAACGACGAGAAAACGUGUCCGAUGUUCGGUCACAAUCCGAACGACGAGUUCAGGGUGAAACUCGAGGACCCGCUGACGCUCAUGAGAGCCAGGGAGGAGCUGACGAAGAUGAAAAAGUUUGAGAUGAAGACGCCGAUGACGGGGCGGUCGCCGACACGGGGGGGUGGAGACCCGAACGCGGCGAACCAGCAACUGCUUCACGACGUCGACGUCCAGGACGCGCUCGAAGGCGGGACGGGGACGGAGACGGGCGAGGGCGGUAUAUUAGACUCCCUUCCGAAGGCGGAGCGGAAACGACUUAUCCGAGAGUACAAGGCGAAAGAGAAGGAGGAGAAACGCGCGAGAGUGGUGGCCGCGGAGGAGUUCCUCAAGAACCACGCGAAAAGAGAGAGAAAGGAAAAGAAGCGGAAGAAGGACAGGAAGGAGAAACGAUGA